AUGUCCUCUUUCCUAAUCGCGAAUGUGCGUAUCUUCGAUGGCGAGAACACUAUCGAAUGCGGAUCGGUACUUGUGGAGGGAGGCCAUAUCACUCAGGUCUCCGCGCAAAAGAUCGAGUACGAUGGUCAAAUCUUUGACAAGUCUGGACACACUCUCUUGCCGGGCUUAAUUGAUACUCAUAUCCAUGCCGACGGCGGCAAUCCCGUGGCGCUACCGCAAUCACUCAGAUUUGGGGUCACAACAGUAUGUGAUAUGCAUAAUGAGUGGGAGAACAUUCAGAAACUACGACGACAGAUCACGGCAGGGCAUUGCGCAGAUCUCAAGACCACGAGUUUCGCGGCAACGAUCCAAGGAGGAUGGCCUGCAGCCAUCGUACUGAUGCAUAACGACAUCCCUGAGGUACGAGCCGAGAUUGCAACCUGGCCGAAGCUUAAGACCGUCGAGGACGGCAAAGCAUACGUGCAAGCGCGAAUCACGGAAGGCGUCGACUACAUCAAACUGAUGCACGAAUCCGGCGCCGUAAUGUCCCUGAACCUCCCCAAGCCCUCCCUCGAGCUACAAAAGAGCAUCAUCGACGAAGCCCACGCCACAGGCCUCAAAGUCGUAGCCCACGCGACCAACCUCACCGACACCCUCGAGAUCAUCUCAUGCGGCGUCGACGGCCUCACGCAUACUUUCCUCGACCAGCCGCCGACCGCCGAGCUCAUCGCGGCAUACAAGCGUCAUGACGUGCAUUGCAACCCGACCCUCGCGGCGAUGGCUUCCGGGACGACGGAGGGCCGGGCGGUACAAGAGCGCUUCGCACAUGAUCCGCGCGUGCAGCAUCUCAUCGGCCGGGAGCAGCGGGAGGCGAUGUGUGCGUGCAUGUCGUUUGCGCGGGAAGGAUCUUCUACGGUUGAGAAUUGCUUCGAGACGGUUCGGCGGUUGAAGGCAGCGGGCGUGCCGGUCCUGAUUGGAUCCGAUGCUGCUGGCCCGGCUAAAGGCACAGCCUGGGGUCUCUCGCUUCAUCACGAGUUGUACCUGUUCGUGCAGCAUUGCGGAUUCACCCCCGCGGACGCCUUACGGGCGGCGACGGCCUUGCCAGCGCAACGUUUCGGGUUCGGCGACCGUGGCCGGAUUCGAGCCGGUUGCAGGGCAGACCUACUUCUAGUCGAAGGUGAUCCGAUGAAGGACAUUGCUGACACAUUGAACCUGAGGGCCGUGUGGACUAAAGGUGUUUUAUGCAGUACAUACCGGGAAAUAAUCUAG